GAUAGCUAGCUAUCACGAAAAAAUAAUCCGCACCUUUUACUUAUACAAGAUAAGUUGGAGACGAAGAUAAUCAGGUCGAAUCUCAUUGAUUCGUUGUUACUACAUCUAUCUCUUCCAGUCGCCAUAACCAACCAGUGAAGUCCCUCCUACCUCCCACCAAGCUUUGCGGUUCACCUAUCUUUCUCGCUCCCCUUACCUCUCCGGUAAGUGCCUGCCCCUUAAAAUAAGUAGUAAUUUGUUAUCUCAGGAGCAAUUCGACGAACAGCAUGGAGACCUUUCUUUAGUGUCUGAAAAUGGCUAUCUUUUGCUGAUUUUCAAUUGUUCGAUUGCUAAUUCUUUUGAUGGGUCCGUUAAUAGGUUGCUGUUCGAGUAUGUACUGUAGUAGUUUCAGUUAUACUUGUGCUUUUGCAGAGACUGUAAUGGCUAUUUCGAGUCAUAGAGAGUCAUUUAAAGGAAGACACUUUAGAAAUUCAAAGGUUUGCACAUAUGGGUACUUGGGAAACAGGUCUACAUUGAGGAUAAAAGGAAUGGGUUUAUGUGGGUUAGUUAUGAAAAUCCCAAAGGAAGGGGAGGAACUAGCCAAGGAGAAGAAUAAAGUUGUGACACCUUCAGAAGAGGUUAUAAGGUUUCUUGAGUCCACAACGGAUCCAAAUUCUGCUUUUUCAUAUUUUAUGGUUGUUGCCGAGUUACCUUAUGUUGUUCACACCACUGAAACGUGCAAUUACAUGCUUCAAGUCUUGAUGACUCAUAAGAGGGUGGAGGAUAUGGCUGCUGUUUUUGAUUUCAUGCAAAAGAAAUUCGUUUACAGAAAUUUGAAGACUUAUCUAGCUAUUUUCAAAGGUCUUUACAUAAGUGGUGGAAUUCGACGAGCACCAAUUGCACUUGAGAAGAUGAGAAAGGCUGGGUUUGUUUUGAAUGCUUGUUCUUAUAAUGGGUUGACCCAUUUACUUGUUCAGUCAGAGUUUCGUAGGGAGGCUCUGGAGGUUUACAACAGCAUGGUCAUGGAAGGGAUGAAGCCAGCCUUGAAGACUUCUGCAGCACUUAUGGUAGCAUUUGGAAAGCGCGGGGAUACUCAAACUGUAAUGAGUUUGUUAGAAGAGAUACAACAUUUGGGAUUGAGGCCUGAUAUUUAUAUAUUUAACAUAUGCGUUACAGCUCUUGGAAGGGCCGGGAAAAUUGAUGAGGCUUAUGAUGUAUUCAAGAGAAUGGACGAAGAAGGAUGCAGGCCAAAUGUUAUUACUUAUAAUGUUCUCAUUGAUGCUCUUUGUAAAGCAGGUAAACUUGAUAAUGCAAUGGCAUUGUUUGUAAAGAUGAAAGCUAGUAGCAAUAUCAAACCUAAUCGUAUAACUUACAUUACUUUGUUGGACAAGUUAAGUGAUUGUGGAGAGUUGGAAAUUUUGAAAGAAUUUUGUGAUGAAAUGAAAGCUGAUGGUUAUGCACCUGAUGUACGUACGUUCAACAUUCUUAUUGGUGCCUUAUGCAAAGCAGGCAAUGUUGACAAGGCAUUUGAUACAUUGGGUGUCAUGAAGGAGAAAGGGAUCUCACCAGUACUUAGUACUUACAACACCUUGAUUGGGGGACUUUCAAGAGCAAGUAGAUUGGAUGAGGCUCUAAAGCUUUUGAGUAAUAUGGAAUCCUUGGGUGUCAUGCCUGACACAAUCACAUAUAAUAUAGUCAUUUCUGGUUUAGUGAAAUCGAUUAGUGUAGAUAAGGCUAUUGAUUUCUACUACGAUCAUGAAGGUCGCGAUUUCUCCCCUUCUCCUUAUACAUACGGCCUGCUUAUUGAUGGCCUUUUUAAGUCAGGAAGACAUGAAGAAGCAAUGCUUUUCUUCGAGGAGAUGGCUGUAUAUGGAUGCAAACCUAACUCUGAGGUUUUCAGUAUUCUUAUUAAUGGGCUUAGCAGAAUAGGAGAUGUGGAAACUGCCUUUCAGUUGUUUAAAAGAAUGGUUAAAGAAGGAGUAAGACCAGACUUGAAGUGUUACAGUAUUCUUGUGAAUUCCUUAUGCAUUUCAGAAAAAAUUGAUGAUGCUCUGUAUUACUUAGAGGAACUAAAGCAGAAUAGUCUUAGUCCUGAUUCACAUUGUUAUAACCUUUUAAUUAGUGCACUUGUAAAAUCACAGAGGGUAGAAGAAGCUCUAUCUCUCUACACUGAAAUGAGGAGCAAAGGAAUUUUUCCUGAUCUUUACACAUACAACAAACUAAUACUAAAUCUCGGGAUCACGGGAAUGGUGGAGCAAGCAGUGAGUAUGUAUAAUGAAUUACAGCUUAAGGGUCUCGAACCUGAUGUUUCCACCUACAAUGCUCUCAUUCAAGCUUACAAUAUGUCAGGGAAUCCAGACCAUGCUAAUGCAGUUUACAAGAAAAUGAUAGUUGUUGGCUGCAACCCGAAUGAAGAAACAUAUGCACAGCUUCCUAAUUAAACUCAAGUAUUUCACUCCCUUGAAAUACUCAUGGAUCGACAGAAAUUUCUCUGAAGUGUCUUUGAGACACACCCUGUCAUAUCUUAUGAGUUUAGAGCAGGAAGACUAAUCACGUUCUAUCGCUAAACGACUGAUCUAUGGUGCAUUGUUUAAGAAAGGUGCAAAGUAUGCUGUGGUUCAAGGCUUGCCAAUGUCAGGAUGCUUUCCUUUGGCUAUGACAUUAGCUCCCCCAGAAGACAGGGACAACAUGGGCUGUGUCAAGAGUGUGAACAACCAAAGUUACACUCACAAUAUAUAUAGCCUUCUUAAACCUGGUGAAAUUCUCAGAAGACAGCUUCCCCAAGCUAUCAUAACAUACGCAGAUUACUGGACUGCUUACCUAAUAGUCAUGCAAAGUCUGGCCAAGUUCGGUUUCAACGAGACAUUUAAAGCCUGCUGCGGAACAGUUCGGUACGAACUUCAGCACUUGUUCUUUUCAAUAAUGUGGGAAAGCCGCAAGCUUUAGUGUAGCAAGCUUUAGUGUAGCGUUAGCAGCAUUUGUGAGGGCCAACAGACAGAGUCUCCAACUUGCCUCACCAUUAAUUCAGUUUCAAUCUUCCGAUGCGCUGCUUUUCUAUGAUUGUUGCUCGUUAUUUUAAUUAAUUUUAAGUUCUAUAAUACAUGGAAAGAGAGACACUCGCUGGCAGAGUUGAUUUGGCAGUACCCUCUAAAUGUUAACACUGUCGUUCUUUUUUGUAUAAAUUGAUUUGCAGAGUUUGAUUCUUAUUACAAACUA